AUGCUCAGCGCCGUUCCUGGACCAGUAGAAGGCCUGUCGUACCUGCCGGACUUCAUUUCCAUCGCAGACGAAGCUCAUCUGCUCAGCAAGAUUGAAGAGAUUGGCGGGGUCGAACUCGAUUCAGCUGCCGGUCAGCGGAUCUAUAGGGACAGGGGGACAUGCGCAGGAUGGAAAGAUCUCAACGGGCGUCGAUCGAUGUACUUUGGAGGGACGAUACUGCCAAGGACAUCUACGCUCGUGCCCGUGGCGAUGCCUCCGUUCAUGCAAGCCAGCUACCCUCACAUACUCGACAAGAUCGCCCAACUCGGAUUAUACGAUACUUGCAAGACAAGCCGACCGAACCAUGUGCUCUUGAACGAAUACCUGCCCGGCCAAGGCAUCGCUGCGCACGAAGACGGUGAUGCCUAUCAUCCUGUCGUCUGCACUCUCUCGCUCGGCUCUGGCACGAUACUCGAGCUGUACGAAUACGAAGGGCAGGCGACCGAAGAGGCGAGGACGAUAUUGCCGGAUCCUAUCAUGUCGAUCUACGCAGAGCGGCGGUCGCUGCUCGUCUUGAGUGGUGCAGCGUAUACUGCUUGUCUGCAUGGUAUUGCCGCUCGGCAAGUCGACAGCGCAGAGCAAAUCCAGCGAUGCGCCAACGUUCGAGCUGGCUUGACGAGCUCGGCACUGCCUGCUAGCCAGGAUGUAGAUCGUCGUCGCAGAGUCUCGCUGACGAUGCGGCAUGUGCCCAAAGUCAAGCGACUGCUCUGA